AUGUAAAUUUGUAAACCCUCUCUCUCAAUCUCAGGAUUCAGACCACAAGCCACUCAAUAUUACCACAGGAUACAAUCAGCUAACACAGCUAAUACCAUUCACAGCAACAGAACCAUCCCUUAACAAACCAUCUCCUCCAAUCGCAGCCAAACCAGAAUCGCAACUGCAAAACCCAUCAGAUCAUUUGUCAUCAACAAACCCGUCAAAGCCAAACCAAUCGAGGAUGAAGACUUCGAUGAAAUUAUUAAAACUUCACAUGACCAAGCUCUGUUUAGUAAAUUUUAUAUUUAGAUUAGAGUUCAAGCAUAAAUGCAAUGCACCUUAACAUUUAAGAAUGGAAUAGAUCUACAGAUUCAUUUAUGAUAAAAAGACAAGCAACAAACAAAAAUACUCCAUGCAAAGCAAAAUUAAUUAGCAAGCCUUACCUGUGGCUAGUGGCUCUAUUAGUAUUAUGUUGAAUGUUGCAAGGAAGGAUUAUGGCUUUAAUCUAUAAUCAUUUAAAAAAAAGAUAGCCCCAAAAUCUAAAUUCAAAAUGAAAUGGAAAACCAUUUAAUGGUUAUUAAAGAAUAGGAAAGAUGCCAUCAGACAGAUCUUUUAAAAUUAUUAAUCCAUUGUAAAAUAGGCAAAGGAUUUUCCUGAAGGGUUGAAUAGAGAAUAAUUUUAAGGCUUGCUUAUUUCCUUCGGAUUGGGAGCAGACAAGAAUCUGGCAGAGAAAUUAUUUUAUGUUUUCGAUGAGGAUUCAAGUGGCACUGUAGAUUAUAAAGAACUUAUAGUAGGAUUGGAAGUGUUGAAGGAUGAUACAAUUGAUGAGAAAUUAAAAAGUAAUUAGUUCAAUCCUUAAUUAGAAUAGUCUUCUUUGACUUAUGUGAUGAGGAUGGCUCAGGCAAGGUCAGUGAAAAAGAGAUCUUUAACAUUUUGAAGCAAAACAUCAUCAAUGAAAAUGACAAAUAUCAACUCAAAAUGGUCAUCAGAGAAAUGAUCAAACAAGUUGAUUAAGAUGGGGAUGGAGAACUGAAUAAAGAAGAAAUCUUAUAGGCAGCCAGCAAAAAUCCCAUUCUUCGGAGAUUGCUUGAAUAAACCAUCUCCAAUGUAAGAAGGAUAGAUGCGAUCAUAUAAAAUGAUUUAGAAGAACCAUUUCAUCAAUUUGUACCUUCUUCGGCUAAUUUCAUCUCCUAAAAGGAAGGCAUUCAUUUUGCUACUCAAUAAAAGUUAAUUGAUGCUCUUGAGGAAAUAGACAAAGUAGGUCUAUUAUUAAAUUUUAGAUCCACGAAAAGGGAAAGAAAAUCAAAGAGUAUACGAAGCCUGAAAAUCAAAUGGGACUUACUACCUAUUAAGGAUUGCAAGAGAAAAAAUUUCUUGAUGACUCUUAAUUUGAUUGA